CAGUGACAAUGAACUUGAUGAUAUGCUUAAUAGAAUAUUUGAUGCAAUGGAUAGUGUUAGCCAAAUACAGGAGAUAGUAGAUGAUGAUAAUACAACAGAAAAAGGAUCAUCAGAAACAGAAAGAUUUAAAACCUAUAAUCUCCCACUUGAAGAAUAUGUAGAAUAG